GACACUCAAUACUUGAUGUAUUUAUUAUGCUUUUUAUUUGCUUCGAGUUCACAAACCAACGAGGCAAUAAUCUUCAUUGAUUGAUCUGACCUCACUUCAUCUAUCCAUAACGGUCAGACAAAGCUACCAAAUAUAUACGGCUCCCGCGCCUGCAAUCACAAUCACAUCUGCAGAUCUCAUCGUGGACUCGAUUUAAUUAUAGGACUACCUGGGUAUUUUCUGUCUAUCGCCGCUACCUCAGACACUUCACGCUUUAUUUGGAGAUUUGUUGCGUACGACUGCUCUAUCGCGCACUGCCAUUCUGGUGCUUGGAAAAGUUGGAGGUCUCUCAGAACUAUCUAUAACAUCGAUCAAUAAAAGAACCAUUCCUUCCGGAAGUCUGCGAAAAGGAUAAUACUAAACAAGCAGUCGUCCUAUCGAAUUACGAUAUCAUCGUGCAUGUACAUGGGUUGCCAAAAUUAAAGCGCAUCGCUCAUCUUUCUCAAGGAUCAAGGUUUUCGACUUCCUGCACCGACUUCCUGCACCGAUAGAAGCGGCCCGCAGUAAACACUACAUAUCUUUGCCAUAUCUCUCGGCCUCCUAGGUCCCAAUCUUGCGAACAACUAUCUGCAAACUUAGAAUGGGAGAACCACAAGCUUUGCCGCAGGAGAAAAUGGAGGUUCCUCAUUCAACUUUCACAUUAGCCAAACCGGAUCGGCGAGGUCGAACAUUCCCGCAAGCUAUUGCGCAUCGAGGAUACAAAGCUGCGAAUCCAGAAAAUACCAUGGGCGCAUUUAGGGGUGCUGUUGAAAUAGGCGCGCAUGCGAUAGAAACCGAUUUGCACAUUACAAGGGACGGGGUCUUGGUUAUUUCACAUGACCCAAGCCUUAAGAGAUGCUUUGGAAAAGACGCAAAGGUCAUAGAUUGCGACUGGUCGUACAUAUCUACCCUUCGCACUGUUCAGGCCCCUCACGAACCUAUGCCUCGCCUUACCGAUCUUUUAGAAUACCUCACUACACCUGGGUUAGAAGAUAUAUGGAUAUUAUUAGACAUCAAGUUGGAUAAUGAUGCAGACCAAUUAAUGAGUUUAAUCGCUUCAUCGAUUAAAGAGGUGAAGCCAACAAGACCUUGGAAUCAGAGGAUUCUAUUAGGCUGCUGGGCAGCCAAGUAUGUUCCUCUGUGCGCCACCUACCUUCCCGAUUUCCCCAUAACGCACAUUGGAUUCUCGAUAGGGUAUGCGAGAGAGUUUUUAUCCAUACCUAAUGUAAAUUUCAAUAUGCUACGGCAGAUUUUAGUCGGACCUGGCGGUUCUAAAUUUAUGGCCGACGCCAAAGCUGCAGAACGAUCUAUGUUGGUAUGGACUGUUAAUGAAGAGCAAUGGAUGAGAUGGUGUAUAAAAAAUAAGGUAGAUGGGGUUAUCUCUGAUGACCCUAAGAAGUAUCUGGAAUUGUGUGAGAAAUACGAUUCUGCAGAUUCGAAAGAGCCUGGCUUCGGGCUCAAAGAUUGGGCAUUGAUUAUAUGUUUUAAUUUAUUGGCCAUGCUAUUUUCAUGGCUAUUCAGGUACAGAUAUGGCUUUAAAAUAGACAAGAAAAGGGUUAAAGAAGGUUAUGAGACAUCGAGGCGCAAUGCGGCAUUGUCUUCGUGACACAUCAACUAUAGAAUAUAUUGAAAAUUAACGAGUACGCACGAGUUUUGCCGACUUUUCUUCCCACAGACUUAAUAUGAUUCACCAUAAGAACCUCGAAGCA